ACUUUGUUUUAGUCCUCCAAGCACAAUGGGUAGUCUGGCAAUCCCUUUGGUGCUAUGGGGACGGGAGCCACCGACCCACAACAUCUCCUGCAUUCUGCUCACUAAGGACGUAAAAACACUGGUGACGGCUUCACAGGAUGGCCAGAUCUGUGUAUGGGACUUUGAUCCCCCUAAAUUAAAGAUGAUACCUCGUGUGAUGCUGGUGGGACAUUCGUCUGCCAUAUCAUGCCUUGCUGAGAGCAGCAGUAGCAGCAGCCCCGUGCAUACCAUCGUCAGCGCUGCCCAAAAUGGAGAGUUUUGCGUCUGGGACCUCAGAGACGGGCGUUGCUUAGAAGUUGUCACUUCUCAUUACAUUCAUUCUAACAUCACAACAUAUCAGAUGCUCGGCUCAAAGGAGUACCGGUUGUUCUGCAUUGGCAAUUAUCCUGAGAUUCACAUCUACGACCCAGCGUCCUUGCAGCUGCUCUGCACUCUGUGUAGUCGCCUCAACCCUGACUGGAUUGCGUCCAUCCACGUCCUUAGGCCGUCCAAACGCAAUGACGAGGUGGUGCUGGGGGUGACCCAGGGUGGAUGGGUCAAGGUGUGGACGGUGAGUGACAAGGACGUGGGGCGCGGCGAGGCCAUCAAAGAACAUGAGAGCAAGAAGCUGCGCGCCACCAACGCCAAGUGCCUCGUCUGCUGCGCCUUCAACCAGCGCACCGUCCUUAUUGUCACGCCUAAGAGCUGGCAGGUGUACGACGCGGGCGACUUCUCGCAGCUGGCGGAGUGCGGCACGCGGGACGGCGAGACGGCGUACAGCGGCGGCAGCUUCCUGAGCAACGAGGCGGUCGUGGUGUGGGGCGAGACAGGACGCGGCUAUGUCUACAAGCUGCCUAACAAGAGAAGCGAGGGCUCGAGGCGAGGCGCUAGUUGCGUCGUGGGCACAAAGGAGUUUCACCGCAAGCAGUCCGACGACUCCUCUCCUAUCCUGAUCGGCGUGUGUAAACCUCCCACCACCAACACGCUGCUGGUGCCGCCGUGUUGGCAGUACCUGAUGGUGCCGGUGCAGAGCGGCGCAGAGAAGCUGCUGGUGCGUGGCGACUGUGAAGGUGGCGUGGUGUUGUGGCGUAUCCGUGACUUUCAGCCACAGGAACUACAAAAACUCCUCGCCGCCACACCCGUCCAGCCCGCCACCACCAAGAUCACCGUGCACACCUCCCUCAAGGACGAGUGGGCCAAGAUCGACCCACCGCCUGUCGGGUUGCUGGACCACGUGGCGCCUGUGGAGGGCCUGUGUGGCGGGGGUGGCGACAGUGUGGCAGAAGGACAGCGCGUGUGCGCCACACUGUUCCUGGGCACACAAGGGCGUGUGGCGUGUGGCAGGGAGGAUGGCAGCAUCCUGCUCCUGCCUGCCACUGAGGCUAUCAUGCUGCACCUGCUGCAUACUGAGCAGUCGCAGCACGCGGUGCCGCAAAGCAUGAUUCUCCGCGGCCACACCCGACGCGUGACGUGCCUCCUGUACCCCCACGGCGACGCUGGCGGGGCACCUGCAGCAGGUGCAGGACCAGCAGGUGCAGGUGCAGUACCAACACCCAGGUACCCAGCCAACCAGCUGGUGUCAGGUGGUGCUGACUUCGCUGUCAUCAUCUGGGACUUGACGACAGGCGCUCAGCUGACGCGCUUCGUGGUGCAAGCGGGACCUGUGCUGCAGCUGAUGACCACACCCAGCACCUGCCUACUGGCUGACGAGUACGCGGCCAUGACACCAGGGUCACUAGAGGCCGCUGAGCUCACUAGCACUAGUCACUACCAGCGCAUCAACCUGCUCACUCACCCCGCCUCUCCUGAGGCUGCUAAGAAAAUUGCAGAGUUCUUUGGUAAGGUCAAAGAUAAGGCCGGCGAGAUGGAGAAGAAAAUGAAGGAUAAGGACAAGCACGACCUGAUCGGGCGGGCGCUGGAGAAGGCGUCGUCAGCACACGGCAGUUCAGGAGGCACGGCUGAACCCCACGACCAGCACGACGACGGCGCACGCAACAUCGAGGUGCCGUGCCAGACCCUGCAGAUCGGACAGCUGGUGCUGUCGGUGCUGCACUCCUGGGGUCUGGACCCGGCGCUGGACGCCACCUGCCUGUCCCUGCUGGGUCUCCUCAGACCCAGAGUCCCGCCCGCCUUCGGGCUCGUCACAAAGUCCGAAGAAAAUGUGUUCAGUAGUCGCGGUCACUGGGAGAUCUCGUCAGCGGUGAGCACGCAACACCUGGUGGCGGUGGUGGCGCUGGCCAACACCCUGCAGCACCGCAACGCCGCCACCCUACACCCCUUCAGGGAGAGAAGCCGACGCCUGCACCUAGUGACAGCAAAGAACAUGAGUGUGAGUGCAGAGCAGGACGCAGCGUUUCGGCAGGAUCAGAGCAGGAUCAAGCAGGGCUGGUCCACCCUGACCGCCCUGCACUCGGUGCUGCUGCCUGACGCCGUCCACAGGGCGGGUGCUGACGCCUACAAGCCGCCCCUCCUCGAGGUCCUCGCGCGCCGCUGGCAGAGUCGCUGUCAAGAGAUCCGGGACGCGGCGCAGGUGCUGCUGCAGACGGAGCUGGUGCGGAUAGGCAGGACGGGGCGCCAGAGGGUCAUAGACGAGUGGUUCCCUCACCUCCCCUCACUCACCGAAACCCAGCACGGCGCCCCCGCCAACCCUGCCGCCCCCUCAGCGCCCACCGCUACCGCCACACCCAUGGCUUCCAAUAGCCAGCCUAUCAACGGCACCGUGAAUAACAGCAACAGCGCGGCUAACAGCACCGUAGUCAACAGUAAUUCCAACAACAACAGCAACGCUCAAAACAACAGCAACAACCACAGCACCGAGAGACCUCAGCAGACCGACGCUCAGCACAUCGUAGAAGAUUAUCACUUCGAUGAAGAUCAUUUGGAGGGUCUGACCAGCAGCGGUGGGGGCGAGGGCAGCAGCGGCGCCCACAAGCACAGCCAGCAGGGCGUGGCCAUCGUCCUUCUGGCCGUCAUCGGCGCCUACCACGGCCACCAUCAGGAGGAGGGCUUCAGUCUCGGGUCACCACUCGCGGUCAAAACCAGCAAAGCUCUGUCGCACCUGUUGUUGUCGCCGCCCUCCCCCCGCCUGCCCCUCCACACGCCCCUCCGUCGUGCCGCCAUCGACCUCAUAGGGCGCGGCUUCCCUGUGUGGGAACCUUACCUGGACGUGGCUAAGGUUGUGCUGGCGCUGCUGGAGCUGUGCGCGGACACUCACCAGCUCGCGCCCUCCAUGAAGUACGGCCUGCCGCUGGUGCCUGAGGCGGACGCCUGCCGUACAGCCAGUCAAUCAUUGACUCACAUCGCUGGGGCGCGGCCCGGAGUGCUCAUCACGAGCAUGGCCAGGGAGGUCGCGAGGUACAACACCCUCCAGCAGAACGCCCAGAGUCUACAGUUGAACCUGCACCUCACCACUCUGUAUCGUGCCAAAACUGAGAUACUCAGACUCAUGGAGUAUCUCAUUCAGAACCACAGGGCCAGCAUUAACCAGCUUAUGGUUGAGGUGAUGGACAUUAUCCUGCACUGCGUGGAUACUGGCCAUCUCCGCGGUGGUCGCGGCCUGAACGAGGUGUUCCCUGCGGUGUGCAGCUUCUCGCAGGUGUCGCACUGCCCCAACACCAAGCGUAUCGCUACCGGCUCCCACAACGGCACCAUUGCCAUCUAUGACUUGCGCAACUCCAAGUGUCAGGUGAUCUCGGCUCACUCCGGCGCCGUGACGGCGGUAGCAUUUUCGCCAGACGGCAAGCACCUGACCUCAUAUUCCAUGGUGGAGAACAAAAUCUCAUUCUGGCAAACUUCUACGGGAAUUUUCGGUCUUGGUUCAUCGCAGACGAAGUGUACAAAAUCGUUCAGCACAGUGCCGGUUCCCGACAUCGUGCGUCUGAAUCCUCAACGAUUCCCUAAGCUCGUCUGGAUAUCGAAUAAAACCGUCGUGCUCAUGCUAUCAGAUGGCACUGAGCAUAGGUUCAAUGCAUAAACAAACAGCUUUUUUAAUCCAUAAAUUAUUUAUUCUCAUUAAUUGAGGGACUUUUAGCUAUGAUGAGCAAGAAACGAUAGUGUGGUGAACCUCAUUUCAAAGUCACUGAAACUUCAAGCUACAAAGAGGUUCGUAUGAAUAGAAAUGGAAUGCUGUCAUAUUAUCAUUCAUGGCUGUGUUAUUUUCCCUUCAUAGUUUGUUGUGGAUUUCAUUAUAGUCCAUUUUACAACACCUUCAACUGCAAUGAUAGAUUUUAUGUUGAGUUCACAGACAAAGAACAUUCCCCAUUUUUUAUUUGGAGGCAAGAUGGGAAUUUGGUUUGACAUUACCUCAGAUGUAGAACUUGCCUCACUUCUAGUCCUAUGCAAUUCACAUGUCCUAGAAAUUUCUGUGGAAAUUAUUUUUCGCGUCUCAAAUAAUCCUGUGUUGAAUUGAUACUUUCAGCACAUAUCGCAUUUUGUAUUCUUUCCCAUAUUAUUUUUUUACAAUGCACGAUAAAUAUGUGAAUUGUUAUAAAAUCAAUGAUGUGGAAUUAUAUUCGCACUUUACUGAUCAAUUGUAACUCGUACAUCUGAACGUUUCGCUAAAGCUAAACCGCUUGCUCACAUCUUAGGUUAAUUUUUUAGCUUAUAAUUUCUUCAAACUAUUUUUUAUUUAUAAAGUAGCAAACUUCGGAAUCAACUUCACAGUGAGUGUGCGUAAACUGACAUUUGAACUUGAAUCUGGAGCCAUUUUAUUUACUAUGUAUCUUAUCUACACUCUUGAGUAGUUUCUUAUUCUAGUGCCAAAAUAGGAAAGUGAUCUUCACCUUUUCUUGGUAAUUAUUUCGCAUAUUUUAGUCUCUAAUUUAAUAUAAUCCUAGUCCUGAAUUGAUAUGUUAUGCAAACUUUCAGCUUUCUUUUUUUCUUUUUAUUUUCUUGCCAGUUAAAGUCGUUACUGUCUUGUCCAUCUUAGCUAGUCUAUUAUGCAGGUUUUAACGAUUUUUUCGAGAGAAUGAUCCAUCACUUCCAUUGAAAUGGAAGUGAGAUCUGUCAGUUGGAGUUGUGUGUCUGGCUCCUCUCACGGAUGCGGGUGUUGUGGUGGGUUUAGCAUUGUUAUGGCGGUAGUGUUAAGGUCUGUAGACCACGCCAACCUGGGCAUUUCUGUAGAAAAUGGGCAAGAGUGCGGGCAUGGGCUUGGUAAUGUGAGUUCGGUGGUAAUCGUAAUACAGCCGCGUCUGCACUUGGCAGAUUGGAUUGAUAAGCGAAACUGCGAUUACUAAAUUUAUGCCGUUGAUAAUAAUGUUGAUUUUGUUGUCCAAGUCGUGGGUGUUGAGUCCUUUAAAAGAGUAGGCACUCCACUCAAUGAGGGCUAGUUUUACCCUUGCAUUAAUUUCUUGUAUCUACAAAAACAGGUUUGUAAUCAACGAGUAUGCUAGAACAAUGAAAAUUACACCCGUAUUAAUAUUCAAGACAAAUAUAUAGGUACUCAGAAAGGCUGUCCCUUCUCCUAUUUUAUACAGAUAUUAAAAACUAUAAUCAGAUCCACCCGCAAUAAUUUUUUAUCAAGCGCCGGAGGUGAGUUUGCAGUUGCGCUUUGUUUAAUAUUUGGUUCAAGAGAAGAGUGUCAGCAGACGUGAUGACGAGUAUGAUGACUUGCUUCGCCUUCAUGUGGUAGGAUUUUCUUCAGCGAUUAACGCAAUAUAUGAUUAACUUAUCUCUCGAAAGUAAAUAGAUCUGAUCGUUGAAUAAGCUGGGUUAAUAUUUAUGAAUACCUAUAGAGAAUUUUUAACCAAAGACAUCACGGUAUACAAGGUUCCUUAACUUGCCGUCUUUGAGAAAGUCCCAGUGAACUUCAUUAACAAUUGAAGUCCCAGGGAGCAUAUUCAAUUCUCGAUGACUAAUAGUCGUUGUCCAAACUUGCGCACUAUCCGAAUUAUAGGCCAGAUUGAGACUGACAUUGGGCGACAAUGUGGAAUAAUAAACAUCAUUGUUCCGUAUUUAAAUUUAACCGACGGAUCAACCAACAAUUCUGUUAGAAAUUAUUCUAAGCAAACGGCUACAUUUAUCCCUAUGCUUAGUAAUAGUUCAGUUUCGAACUUAUUAAACGAGUUUCGCAACCCUAUUUCUUUAUUCAUUGAUUGUUGUGUAAUGAAACAAUCUCUCACUUUUGCAUGGAUGGAGAAACCUAAGUCGGAGCAAUCAUUGUAGGUCUCGUCCUUAACCCGUCGCCUUAGUCGAGGCAACAGGAACCUGCAUUCCAUUCAUUCUCGUUCUGCAAUUUUCCCUUCAUUAUCACAACUUUCCUUAAUUUAACUUUACUUUCAUCGUCGAUUGCCUUGAUUAUUUUGCCAAUUGUAUUUAAUUAUCGUGCAUUUUAGUGAUAUUUUACUUGAUGUUCACAUAUCAUUGUGAUGUUUACGCUGCUUCACGCCGUGAACAGCGCGAGCAUUUUGCCCGCAUGUCUGCUAUCGCGUGUAUAUUUUACUCCUAAGCUACCUAUGAAACUAUUGACUUACCUGCAUAUAAGUCCAACAAAAACACAGUUACAAUUUAUGUGUAUGUGCCCUGUACUUAUUUCUAUAGACUUGUACGAUGUAUUGAUCUGUAUGCAUAUUUUGAUUGGUCAAUGUAUAAUGUAUACUCUUGAUUUAUUAUAAAGCAUGCAUAAUUUUGAUUUGUUUUAUGUUGUAUGUGUAAUUUUAUGACUAUCUAAACGUACUCGUUGUUUUUGUUGUUGUUGUAGUUGUCCUCGUUUGAUCUUGUCCUGCUAGCCUGAGUUGUACCUGGAAAUGUUUUGUUUCAAUUUUACCUCUUACGAUCUUCUGAUGGACAAGAGAUUACGGUUAUUCAAGCAAAUGUAUUAUUGAAAUGUUUAUUUGCAAUUGAUUGUACUUUAAUUUGAAACAACAUAGCAUUCGUGUGCUGGCAUAUAGCCACCAUAUUUUUUUACCCGGUGCAUGUCAAAGAAUUGGUUUGCAAAGGUGCUUGUAGUUUGUGCUGUUGUAACUUGAGAGGCUGGCAAGGUUUAUGCAUCUCAUAUUCUUGUCAAAGAGAUCUACUGAUUUCUGCCUAACUUUAUAUUCACGUUAGUUAUAAUUAUUUUCAAUUACGUUUUGAAAAAAAACAUCGUUGAUGCUUUGAGACAGGAUGACUUUCAUUUUCAAGAAAUUCCUGCCUGUAAUGUAACUUGAUAAUGUGGAUGCUGUAAAAAAUCCAUGCAGUGAACUGCAUAUUGCCUGCAUUGAAAGGUAGACUCUCAUAUCUGAGUGUAAAGAUUGCGGUGGUCGCGGUAUAUCCAGAUACUUCAACUGCUGUAUCGCAAUAUCCGCCUAAUCGUGGGUCAUAAGGUGUAGUGUGAUUCGUUAAACGUGGUGUGAAUAUGAAUGUCAGGGUCUGCGGGACUUUAAUGCGUUCCGAUCAUUUUUUUACCUCACGAUAGUACCCAGAGGAUUAAAAGGUAGUUAUUUUAUUGUAAAUACGUAUCGUUGGAUUGCCGUCUAUUUCCCUUUGUAAAUUUUCACUUUUUUUGUUGAGCGUUUUAUAAAUGUUCGAAACGGGUCAAAAUCAUGAUGCUAUUUGCAGUUUUUUUAAUGGUUACAUUGAUACGUUAGUUUCUCCGCGAUCCGUUGCCAAAUUUUCGCUGCAGUGUGCUGCAAAAAAUUGUUUCGGUGCCAGGAUGCGGUCAGCAACUCGUGUCACAAGAGACCAUUUGUUAUGGUCAUUAUAACGAUCAUUCAAGUCUCGAGGAAUGCGUCAUUCAUGCUAUAUAUUCUGCUUUACGCGACGGUACUUUUCAUAAAUUACGGAGCAAUUUGUAACAAAUGAAGACUGGAAUACCCAGAUCAAGAUCCUAUUCACGAUGUACGAUUUCUCUCAGCAAACUGGUAGAAAAAUUUAAUUCUAACAGCAUUUUAAGUGUUUCAAUUAAAUGAAUGUGAGAAAAUGGAAAGUGGUUCCUGUGAUCAAUUUAAAAUCGACCGUUAAUUGGACAAUUACAUGUUUCGCUUUAAUAUCUUUUUCAAGUCGUUCUGAAUUGGCGAUAAUCUAAAUUAAUUUCGAACGAUGCUCCUGGCUUAAAAGAUCUUACCUAGGUUAAAAUUGAAGCGUUCCCGUAUCAGAGUUUUUCUGGCGUCUGGUGAUCUAGUCUUCCGCACAUCCCAGUGCUUUGACGCUAUUUUCUAAUCUGGUAAACAUUUCAUUGAAUUUUUAUACUGCCUGAUGACUUUUGCAAAUAUUACGAUAGGAAAAAAGAAAAACAUUUUCUGAUGAUUACAUUUUUAUCUAUGAUGAAAAUCCGAGUUGAUUCUUGCAAUUCGCGGGUAAUUACGAAACAUGAAUAUAAACGUAAAGAUGGUUAUUUUCACCGCGAUUAAUUUCAUUUCUGUGUCUAGACUGUGAGCACACAUCGAACAUUAAUCGUGCGAACAUUGCGCUUUUCGUCACGUACGCAUAUGUUUAUACACUCACACAUUGCUGACGAGUUGACAGAUCAUUAAUUGUCUAUCUUUAAAGUGUUUUAAUAUUCUGUCCAUUUCUGUGUUGUGUUAAAUCUUCCUGUAAUUUCAGCAUGCAAGUAAAUUUAGCGAUGAGUGCGCGAGUCUAUGUAUGCCGUUGCAAAGGCCUGUGAUCAGAAGAGAACGAACGAGUUGCAGUAGUGAAGGAACUUGAGAGUUUCUCUUGUUACAUGGUCCUAUAAGAUAAUUAUAAUAUAGUUAUACUAGUUAGUGGUGUUGUUGUGAGUCGUCCAAAGGUUGGUAGUUGUAGUUUGUGUUGCAUAGAAAACCUCUUUCUCCACUAUCUUUAUUCACCAUAGAAACCUCACCUUUCCACCCGUGGAUACUGGGACAGAUGUUCACAAUUGUGGUCGAAGCUUAUCAAUAAUCUUAGAAGAGUGCGUACUUAGAUACGCAUCUGCUGUUGAUGUUAUAAUAUUCAAAAAUGUUUCCCUUUCUAAAUAAAAAUAGUGAUGCGACUAUGAAUCUAUGUGAAGUUCUUUGUAAUUCCAAUAUUUCUUGCCCACAGUUUCGUAGCGCAAGGUGAAGAAACGUGACCGUUGUUCCGUAAACGUGUAUAUCUUGGAGUAUUGAGCAAGUUUAAUCUUUAUUCUAUCUUUAUAGUUUGCACAAAUUCUUUGCAGCGUUGAAUUUCUCGUUCAUUAGAAGGCAUUUCCUGGCCUUGCUGUAGAUGAAGGCGUUGCAAGCUGCAACAUUCAUGUAGAAAUGUUUCUUCUAUAAUUACAGUAUGCAAGACACUUAGUAAUAUAACACAUUAAUUGCAGUGUGAAUUAUUAUAACCAAUGAAUUCCAACCUCACCGCUCGAAUAUUUUACUCCGACGUUCGAGAUUACUAUCUCUACUCCCAUGUCAGCGGGAUACACGCGGAACUAUUCUUACCUACGUGAGCAGCAUGUGCGUGGAACUAUCUACCCAUACGUGAGUAGCAGGCACAUAUAGCAAACAACCAAGUGAGCAACAUACUCGUGGAACAAUUCUUUCCUACGUGAGCAACAGGCACUGUACUUCAGUCCACUAUACUUCAGCGGUAGCGGCACCGAGAUGAGAGGAGUUUGCUCUGGGUGCGAUCCUUGGCAAGCUCAGUUCUAUGCUCGUCGCUAGUGGACGGUUCUUGGCCGUCAAAGGUGAUGCUUUCAGCAUGGCUUUAAUUAAGAAGGUGUCAAUAAACGGACUCAAGGUACCUGUGUGCUGGGAGGCCUUAAAGUGGAACGGUGUCUUCUUAAGCAGCCUAACUCAAGUCGGCAGCUCUAAUUCUUUCAGCUUACGAUGUCUAUUGAAAUGAGUGUCGACCUCAUAUUAGUUGUAAUGUUGCACGAUUUCAGCAGUGAGCGAUAGGAGCGACAUUAUUUGCUUGUGAUAAGCCUUGACGAAAAACGACCAGCAUCGAAGCUGAUCGGUAUAGCGCGGAGCUCCAUUAGCAAAUAUCUCAAUUAAUAUAACAUUAUUUUGCGUUCUGUUUCACGUUUCGAUCAAUUCUACUGCCCGUUACAAAUCGUGGCAGGAAUCGUCGACAGUAUUAACACAUAGUUUUCUAUGUGUGUUACUAAACGCGCUAUCAAUUCUGAGUAAACUGGCGAAAUUUUUCCUCAGUCUGACUUGGGGCCAGACCCUGUGCAUUUUUGUAUAGAAUAGAAUAAAAAAGUGGAUUCUGGAUAUGUUUUUAUAGGUGGUAUUCUGUGUACAGUGUGAAGGAUAUGAAGCGUACUUGUCUGGCCCGUAAUUCUACCGUGAUGAAGUACUACCGAUUCAUGUGAAUUAUGUAAACAAGAUGUGGUCUUGCGCUCUCAAAUAACAUGAUUCAUAAAGAGGAAUAUUAGUUGAAUAUUGUUUGAAAGACUGUCGUGUAUUGAAGCCUCUAUCCUCUCAUGCUUCCGACUAUUUGUCUAGGAUCUUAAGACUACUAACGAUUUUCACUUCUUUGUCUGUCUGAAGUUUACAUCUGUUUUCGUGGAGUCUAACUAUAGGUUGUUGUGAUCUUCAUUGCAUUCCUUAUUCUUACUAGUAAUCUGGACUGAAUUAUUGGUAACGUGUAAUUAUUUGCUCCCUAAAUAUCAGGGGAUGGUCUGCCCGAUCGAUAUCGAAACAUUACCAAUGAAUAAGAACGUUAACAUUAUUAAUUGAUGAGGAAAGUUUUAUUGAGAAUCGUCAAUGGCUCUACUGUUGAAUUUUAAUCGGGGUCUAGGGAUAUGAUGUAUCAUUUGGGGUCCUAUACUUCUUGAAAACAAGAAUACAUAUUGUUAUAUAAAUUAUAUUCUUAUUCGCAAAAUUAGAAUGUUUUAGACGGUUUGUUUAACCACGGCCCAACCCAAUUUUUUGUCUCUAAAUACCAGACCUUUCAGUAUUCCUUAAUGAACUUUUGAUGAUACUGUUAACAUCCUAACUUGAAAGUGUGUAGUGAAAAUGAGUGUGGAUGUGAAACGACAAAAACAAUGUCUCCGUCUGUUUAUUUCCAUGUUAAAAAAGGUUAUGAAGUGUUGGUCUUUAAGAAACAUAUAUAAAACAAAUCUGUUUC